UUUCGCUAAAUUGAUUACUUUGAUAAGCCUUUUUUUUGUGUGUUGUAUGUUAUUUUAUAACUGGAUCAAAUCAAUCGCACUUGUGUUUUUCAGCUGUCAACUUCUGCAGUUUGCUCAAUUUUUAAUUCAGCUAAAGAAACAAUGAAUACGAAAACAAAGGUACCACAGGCCCUGAAAGCUAAAGUGAUGCUAUGGACAGAUGUAGGCUACCAUGACAUGGAGGAGAUCGACAAAAUGCAUUCCAUUCCUGAUCUGGAAAGUGCUUUAUGCAGUGCGUUUAGAGUCGACCUACUUGAACCAAAAAGAGGAGUUCUGCUGGAGUUGUAUGUCCAGGCGGUGCUUUUUUGCAGGGAGUGCAACUUCAUAAAGGAACAAACUUCUGCUCUCUUGUCUAUCAUCAAGUCCAUCCAUGAGGCUAACAUAGAAACUCCACUCGACAACAUAGAACAGUGUUUCAAAUACUGCAAGGAGCUACUUCUCUGUCACUCAGUCAGGCGCCCUCCCUUUAGUAUCAACCUCUUCAGCUCUGAGGAGGUGAACUGUAUCUUAAAGUACAUCCAUAACGGCUAUGUGAGACACUACAAACUCUACAAAUAUAUUUUCACCCCACAGGUAAAACUUGAUUUGUCUUUGACUUACUCUGGGAUCUCAGACCAGGAUGAACCUACCAUGGAGGAUUCUUCUGCUCCAGAUUUUGAAAAUGAGAUUAAAAAAGAAACAAAAGCAGCGCCAAAUACAGAAAGCAAAGCAUCCAUCGAAGAGCCGCAGGGAGCCUUACUCGGUUCAAAAUCAGAACUGAAGGCACUGAUCGAGAAAGAGGUCAGAGAGCAGAUGACGCUUGUGUCUGGACAAUUAGAUCAGCGAAUGAAAGACAUUGCAGAUCAGCACAACAGUGCACAAGAUUCCCCACAGCCUAACCACAAGGCCAAAAAAUAACGGAUGAGAAAUGUUGGUUUCCAAUGAGCACUCACAAAAUACGACAAGUUCAAGUUCAAUGUUAUACAGUUUUAUUGUCAAUGAAACCUUUUUUCUUCAUAUACAGUACAUUUAUAUCUGCAUUUGUACAAUUACUGUACAUUUCUCAGGGAGGCACUUUCAGGAAAAGUGCUACAUAUUAAACUAAAGAAUGAACUGAGAAAUAAAUGGUGUUGGUUAGU